AUGGCCCCACCAACGACAGAGGAAUCGGAUAUUCCUGUGCUCCCAGUGAGCACUGAGAUCUCGUAUCUUAGUGAGGGCGCGGCGAAUAUCGUGUACAGAAUUUCGGUACCGUUGUCAACGCCACCACCGAGUGAGAUUGAGGAGUUUAGAGACGGUACACCUCCGCCGUCUGAGAUCGAGGUGUUUGAGAAUGGUGGUGAUUUAAGGAUCUUUGAUAAAAAACUCCUCCGUCUCCGCAAAAACCUACCAACAACCCUCCCCUGCUCCCUCUCCCAACAAAACUGGGAACGCCUUCUGGUUCCUCUAUUCCACGCCGACAACCUCGUCAAGCAAACCCUCGUCGACCUCAGACCCAGCAACAUAAUCUCACGACUAAACUCAGAACUCCGCACCUGGGAACAACAACCCCAUCCAAACCGUCCCUCCAAACGUCAUGGAACCUACCUAGCACCCGACCCCUACGGCCUCCUCGUCGUCGACAUGACACCCUCACCAACGACCCAGCUCCUAGAGUUCAAACCAAAAUGGCUCCUGCAGUCGCCUUCUGCCCCGCCAAAAUCCAUCCGAUGCAGACAGUGUGCGCGACACGCUCAACUAACCUCGCUCUCCCCGUCCAACCCUCCUCCACCUACAUUCUGCCCGUUAGACCUCAUACACUCUCCUUCCCGCGCUGUCCCAUUCAUCACAUCCGACCCGGUGCUAGCAGCUCAUCUGACAAAAUGGCUGCAACCCUCGCCGCUGCUCACCCAACUCCGCGACGCGCAGAAAGCAAUGGAUCCCUUCGGGGCUCUUGGGGAUGAGGCGACGGGGGAGAAGUUCUGUCUAGCAAUGACGUUAAGGGACUGUACUGUAUUUUUGCGACUGAAAGGAGGGGAAGGAGAAGUAGAAGCCAGAUUAGGCGAUCUAGAUCUGAAGAGUGCCGAGAAAGUUGGGUAUUGGAGGGAGGUAGAAAGGGGCUUGGUGGAUGGCGGAUGGUAUGAGGGGACUGAGAAGGCGGGGAGGAAGGGGGACGUUUUGUGUGCUGUUGGGAGGGGAAUAAAAUAG